AAAGAUGUCAAAUGAGACCAAACGUUUAAUUUUUUCCUGUAAAGAUUUACCUAAAUUUGCGUUUUUUAUUUUUUUGAAACUUUACAUAUCUUCUAAUUUUGUGAUCCACGGCCUCCAUGUUUUAGGUUUCAUGGUUAAGGUAUAUUUUCCAGCAACUACUAGGCACCCGCAACUCUUCAACAGUCGGAUAGUGGAAAAAGAGUCUAAAUAACUUACUACCUUACAUUCUACAUACUCACUCAUUUUUUAUCAAUUAUAUUUAAGGGUUAACCGAUUCCUGUUUUCUCUUUUACGUCAAGCAAAUGACUUACAGGGUAGGACCAAUACACAACAUACAUAUAUUUAUAAUGUGACUACAGCCGAUUAUUAGCUGUGUUAAGCCGAAGCAGGAUUGCAAGAGGAGUUCUUUUGCAAACAAUCGCAAAUUGAGUGGUCCACAUAAGAUGGGGCGGUAAGGGGGUGAGUGCGCGGCGGGGUGGCGGUGUCCUCGGCGCAUGCUCUAUUGUGCUGGAGACCUGACUUGCGCGACCCCACGUUAACUCAGUACACAGCUGAGAGGCCCAAGGUGAUAUAUUGUGCUUCUUGGAUCGUAACGUUCCGUGUUAUAAAAUACUCCACUUUCUAAAAAAAUGAAGCCGAAACUAUCAAACACAUAUCUCCAAAUCGAAACGCGUCUUAAACACACAAAGUUGUGACGCACAAUUACCAACACCCGACUUGAAUUAUUUUUAAUAUUUUAAUCAUUUAUAAAUGUUAGGAAAAAUACUUUUACUAUCUUCUUUAUAACCUUUAUCUUAAGUCUGUAUUUAAUACCUAUUUUUCUAAGGAACUAUGACUGUUUGAACUUGGAGAAAGGGAUUGUUAGUGAGAAGUUUUAUCCAUUUUUAUAGAAAGAAGCAAAGCUCAUUGUUGGUUGUUUCGUUGCGUAAACAUAAAUAGAAAAUCUACAUUGCAUAGGUGCUAUAUAAGGGAUUGAAAAUAAUAAAAAAUACAAAAGAAUAAAGAAAUAGUAUGGAACCGUACGAUCCAGAUUUGUUUUGGUUGGUGAUAUGUGGAUUCGUGAUAGCGUUUAUAUUGGCUUUCGGCAUUGGCGCCAAUGAUGUGGCCAACUCGUUUGGCACCAGUGUUGGCUCCAAGGUACUCACACUAACACAAGCGUGUAUACUCGCCACUAUCUUCGAGAUCGCAGGCGCUGUUUUGAUUGGUUAUAAGGUAUCAGAUACGAUGCGCAAGGGUAUUUUGGACGUGUCGUUGUACACGGACGGCGGCGAGCGGCUUCUGGCAGCGGGCUGCCUUGCAGCGCUGCUGGCGAGUGCCGCCUGGCUACUGCUGGCGACAGCGCUGCGUCUCCCCGUCUCCGGCACCCACUCCGUAGUCGGCGCCACUGUCGGAUUCACGCUCACCGCUAAAGGACCCGUCGGCAUACGGUGGUCCACCCUCGGAGCAAUCGUGUUGUCGUGGUUCAUCUCCCCGGCGCUAAGCGGCGCAGUUUCGGCCAUGAUGUUCUGGCUGGUGCGGCGGUUCAUUUUGCGCGCACCCGAGCCGCUCGUAGCCGGUUUACGCGCGCUGCCGUUCUUCUACGGCGCCACUGUAGCCGUCAAUGUUGUCAGUGUUGUGCACGAUGGUCCCAAAUUACUUGCGAUGGACAAGAUACCGACGUGGAUAGCGUUGUCGGGGUCUAUGGUGUUGGGGGUGCUGGUGGCCGCGCUCGUGAGGAUCUUCCUUGUGCCCUACUAUCGACGCUGUCUCUCCGCGCCACCUGUUAACUUUACAUUAGGAUUAUCCAACGAAACAACACCAGCGAACACACCGACACAUUUCGACAAAAGUGGAGUAGCGCAGCGUCCUACAUCUUUGCUGUCAGACGAUGGAAAACUCCUAGAGGCGAUCGAGGAGAGCGCUGAGAUGGUAACACUUAGCGACGCCGACAAAGGUUCGAUGGACGUGAGAGAGAUGAAUGCGAGAAACCGAGCUUUGCUGGCCACCAUGGACGACUGUAGCAUUCUGUCGAGAAGUUUGAGCCCUCCAAACCAAUCGAGACUUCAAUUAGUAGACGCAGACCCUCAAAUCAACACCUUAAAGUACAUCGACGAGACCUUGAGCUGCUGCAAGAGCUUGGACUCGUCGCAGCUCGCGGGAAUGGGUGAGAGCUACGGCUCCGGCUCCAGGAAUGGCUUUCUCGGCGACUCCUGUGACACUAUAGCCCGGGGAGAGGGCACCAGAGCGAAUGGUUCGCCACCGCCGCCGCCACCUCGACUCGACAAGGGUCCGGAGGGCAGCGCGUGGAGCAUCGAGCGGGACGGACGCGAGUUGCGGGAGGGGCGGACGGCGCUACCGGCCCUGACGCCCAACUCCAGCGCGGCGCCGCUGCUGCGAGCCGGCAGUCCUCGCCGCGCGCCCCCGCCUCCUCCGCCCGACACCCUGCGUCUCUUCUCAUUCCUGCAAGUGCUCACCGCGACCUUCGGCGCCUUCGCCCACGGCGGAAACGACGUUAGUAACGCGAUCGGUCCGCUGGUGGCGCUGUGGCUGUUGUACUCGGAGGGCGGGGCGCAUGCACGCGCUGAAACGCCCCUCGCCAUUCUCGUGUUUGGGGGCGUUGGGAUCGCGGUCGGCCUGUGGCUGUGGGGCCGCCGCGUCAUACAGACCGUGGGCGAGGAUCUAACUAGCAUCACUGCCGAUACGGGGUUCACAAUCGAGCUUGGCGCGGCGUUGACGGUGUUGGUGGCGAGCAAGGCGGGCCUGCCCGUCUCCACUACGCACUGUAAGGUCGGCUCCGUCGUUUGUGUCGGAUACUUCUCCGAGAAAGCGGUCGAUUGGAGUCUCUUUAGGAAUAUAAUAUUCGCGUGGUUGGUGACAGUGCCGGCCGUGGCGGCGAUGGCGUCGCUUGCUAUGCUUGCGUUGGAAAAGUUCGUCGUGUAAACACGUGCAUGCGUCAAUUCGUAUCUAAAUAUAAGUCGCGGUACACUGUAGGGCAAGAUGUCAACUAGAAGAUGAAUGUUACAAGCAGGACCUACUUAUUACAUCCCAAGUGAUUAUAUUUCAGUAGACUGUUGUGUUUCUAAUUUAUUUAAUAUCUUAAUACUAUUAUGUUAAUAGGAAUAAACCGAAUACAUUUCUUGGAUUUACAUUGAUCUCUUAUAUUAGAAUUGUGAUUUAGAAACUGUACUUUUAGCCCUUCCGUACACAUCUUCAAAAUGAAUGUUGCAUUCUUGCGUUGCGAGUAUUGUAGAAUGGUUGACGUGAAUCUUCUUCUAUUCGCUCAUAACCACUACAUAUCGACUGUAUGUUCCGCCAUCUUGAAAAUCGCAGUGACUUUUCUUACGACUCACGACUAACAGGUUGCGAGCGUCUGUCCUUGGCGAUGACAGAUAGAUAUGUCGGGGAGGCGAGCUGUGUACGAAUUUCUCCAUUGUAUUACUCGCUCAGCGACUAUAAUUUCCGGCAUUAGGAUUUUACGUUGCCUUGUGUACGAAGGGCCUUAUAAUAUCUGUAACUAUACUUACAAUAUUAAUACAGUCAACUUUAUUUAUUCCUUGAUUAAGAAAACAUUCCAUUGAAAGAAAUGCCCUGAACUUUACAAGAUUUCGCCGGACGAAAGUUAAUUUAGGAGAGAUGUGUAAUUUGCUUUUUGUUUGGAAAGUGUUUUACUGCAUCUGUGUUAAUGAUGUAUGAUUGUACAUUAGAGUUAGAGGCGUCGUGUUAGACAUCAUUUAAGUUGUAAAAAAUUAAUUUAAUAAUAUCUGUACUUAAUGUAGUAUCUAUAAAUAUAUGUCAUAGAAAGGCACAGUAUUUUAACUCCUCCUCACAUUAUAUUAUGUUAUUUAUUUUACAGAUUGUACUAUUUAAUGUUCAGAAAGUAAUUUUAAGGUAACUCUAAGAUUCUUGAUUACAGCAAAUAAAUACGCCUCUACUCUUUGUUAUGUAAUUGUUGAA